AUGCCAAAGUUGCAUCAGUGCUUUAUCCGCGAGUGUCCCCUGCUUUCGGACCAAAGGAUUUGGUUUAUGUAUGGGAGGGGGGAUAUGGACGAGGGAGUGGAGGGAGACAGUGGGGUGGAGAGCACGGAGGGGUUUGUGGCAGGGGAGGAAGGAGAUGAAGAUGAUGGAGAGGAGUCAGAAGAAGUUGAGAAGGAAGAGGAUGGAAGUGAUGAGGAGGAUGGGGAUGAUGAGCAUGACAGUGAUGAUGAUGAGGCGGAGGAGGAGGAAGAGGAGGAAGGCCAGGAGGAAGGGGAAAGUGAAGAUGGUGCAGAUGGGGGGAUGAGGAGGGCCACGAGUGAAGAGGGGGAUGAGAGUGAGGAGGGUGUUGAGGAGGAAGAUGAAGCUGAGACAGCAGAGAGUGACAACAUGUGGAAGCAACUUGGCGAUGUCGCUCUGUCAAUAUCAACGCCAAGGCAGCAGAGUCCCUGGCCGACCCAGCAGAGUACCCCAACCUCUUUCCCAACUGGGCUCUCGCCCUUCAAGCAGAGGAGCAACUCCGGGCAGCCAGGGGGACAGAGGAUUUGGCGCUGCGAUACCUGGAGCUCAAGGAUAGCAUCAACUCAGACACCCAAGGCAGAGGGAGAGGUGGCUGAAGAGGCUGUAGAGGAAGUUACGGAAGCAGCUGCUGAGGAGGAUUUUGGUGAUGCAAAUGCAACUGGCGAGGCAGGAGCUGGAGAUGCGGAUGAUAUCGACGAUGACUGGAGCGAGGAAGACCCGUAG